AAGCCAAGGUUUCUCUGGUUCUCUCUCUCUCUCGAUCUCUCUCGAUCUCCAAUGGCGGGGAGGCUAGGGUUUCGCAGCUCGUCGCCGGGCGAACAGAUGAUCGUGGUGAGUACCCCUGCUCAGGAGCUUGCCCUUACUAACCUCGCCUACUGCUCCGCCUCCGAUCUCCGCCGCUUUUCUUCUCCGGGAUCGGCGCUUGCGCUCGUCGGUGAUUCGAUUGUCCUCUCCCUCAGAGCUCAUGAUGGUGUUUAUGAUGGCCACAUAGCUUUAAAUGCCAUGCAGCGGCGGCAUACCAAAGUUUCCGCUGGAGACUCCAUAUCCAUCAGCAGAUUCAUCCCACCAGAUAAUUUCAAUCUGGCUUUGUUGACAUUAGAGAUAGAGUUUGUCAAGGGAAAAGUCACGCGAAAUGAGCAGUUGGAUGCCAUUGUUCUUGCCCAACAAAUUCGGAAAAGAUUUGUUAAUCAGGUUAUGACAACUGGGCAGAAGGUGUCAUUUGAAUUUUGUGGAACGAACUAUAUUUUCACAGUCAAUCAAGCUGCAUUGGAGGGCCAGGAAAGUUCAAAAGGGUUGGAAAGGGGAUUUAUAACCGCUGAUACAUAUAUUGUAUUUGAAACUUCUCCAAACUCUGGAAUUAAGAUAAUUAAUCAGCGGGAGGCGGCUAGCAGCAGUAUUUUUAGACAGAAGGAGUUUAAUCUUCAGAAACUAGGAAUUGGAGGACUAAGUGAGGAAUUUACAGAUAUCUUUCGGAGAGCAUUUGCUUCCCGAGUUUUUCCUCCACAUGUCACUAAUAAAUUGGGAAUUAAGCAUGUUAAGGGAAUGCUACUUUAUGGGCCUCCUGGUACUGGCAAGACUCUUAUGGCACGUCAAAUUGGGAAGUUACUAAACGGAAGGGAACCUAAGAUUGUUAAUGGACCUGAAGUAUUGAGCAAGUUUGUCGGUGAAACUGAGAAAAAUGUGAGAGAUUUAUUUGCUGAUGCUGAAGCUGACCAAAAGGCCAAAGGUGAUCAAAGUGACUUGCAUGUAAUAAUUUUCGAUGAAAUUGAUGCUAUUUGUAAGUCUAGAGGUUCAACAAGGGAUGGCACUGGAGUACAUGACAGCAUUGUUAAUCAACUCCUUACAAAGAUAGAUGGAGUUGAAUCUUUAAACAAUGUCUUGCUUAUUGGAAUGACCAAUCGGAAAGAUUUGCUUGAUGAAGCCCUUCUGAGACCUGGACGACUAGAGGUUCAUGUUGAGAUUAAUCUUCCUGAUGAAAAUGGUCGCCUACAGAUUCUUCAAAUUCACACAAAUAAGAUGAAAGAGAAUUCUUUUCUUGCUGCAGAUGUGAGCCUCGAAGAACUUGCUGCACGAACAAAAAAUUACAGUGGAGCUGAACUAGAGGGUGUUGUCAAAAGUGCAGUCUCUUUUGCGUUGAACAGACAAAUUAGUAUGGAUGAUCUUACUAAGCCCUUGGAUGAGGAGAGCAUAAAGGUUACAAUGGAUGAUUUCUUGCAUGCCCUUGAAGAAAUUAUUCCCGCAUUUGGUGCUUCGACUGAUGAUCUUGCUCGAUGCAGACUCAAUGGAAUAGUUGAUUGCGGUGAAAGACACAAACACAUUUAUCAAAGAGCCAUGCUGCUUGUGGAGCAAGUUAAAGUGAGCAAGGGCAGCCCACUUGUUACUUGUCUUCUGGAAGGCCCAAGUGGCAGUGGCAAGACUGCAAUGGCAGCUUCAAUUGGGCUUGAUAGUGAUUUCCCCUAUGUAAAAAUUAUCUCAGCAGAAACAAUGAUUGGGCUAAGUGAAGGCAGUAAAUGUGCACAAAUCGUCAAGGUUUUUGAGGAUGCAUACAGAUCUCAACUGAGCAUAGUAAUACUUGAUGACAUUGAAAGGUUACUGGAGUAUGUUCCUAUUGGACCACGCUUUUCAAAUUUGAUUUCACAAACAUUGAUGGUCCUCCUUAAACGGCUGCCUCCGAAGGGGAAGAACAUCCUGGUGAUUGGAACAACAAGUGAGGUGGGAUUUCUGGAGUCUCUGGGUAUUCGUGAUGCUUUCUCUGUCUCUUAUCAUGUGCCAACAUUGGACAAGGCUGAUGCAAAGAAGGUGUUGCAAGCACUCAAUGUAUUUGCUGAAGCUGAUAUCGAUUCGGCAUCUGAAGCCGUGCAUAAUAUGCCAAUCAAGAAGCUGUAUAUGCUAGUGGAAAUGGCUGCUCAAGGAGUAAAUGGAGGAAGUUCAGAAGCUAUAUACUCUGGAAAAGAGAAGAUUAACAUCAAUCAUUUCUAUGAUAUCUUGGGUGAUAUUGUGCCGGUGUAUUAGUUAAAUUUUCCAUAGCUGAGGCAAUUUUUACCAGUCUCUAAGUUACCCUUUUUACUUGCUGUUAUUUUUGCUGAUGAGCAACCAUGAAGUAUUCAUUAUAAAGUUUUCAUGUAAGUUAUAAGAUUCAACUAAACCACAACAACAAACUGAGUAUUUGGUUGAUUUGCCAGGUCACUGUUUUUUCUGCAUUAAUUUUACCCAUUUGAAGUC